AAUUACUGGGUUUGGAUACUGGUAACCACUCCAGGUGUUCUGGAUUCAGGCAGUCUACCUUUGUUGUUAAUAAGGGACUACGGACUCCGAUUAAGAGAAUCAGUGGUUCUAAGAAGGAGUCAGUUAUGCACCCUAUUCUUAUUCUAACUGGUGCAGGUGGUGCACCAUGGUGCACUAUUAAAAUUAUAUCUGCACAGCAACCCUAG